AAACCGAACAUUGGAGACCUUAAAUCCAAACCUCCCAUUCACCUCCAGAUCCUAACGAGGCUUCACUCUUAUCGAUCGAAAGAAAAGGGUAGCUUACGAAAGGCGGAGGACAAGACGGAGGCAUACUCUCAACACCUUUCAUGCAUGGGCGAUCAGACCAGCUUUGUUCUUGUUAUUAGAAACCAAAAGGAGACAAAGGAGGAAGUGUAAAGGAGCCCUUUUAGAUUUGGGAAACGUUUGCUUCCACCAUUAGAAAGAGUAGGAGGGCGAGUAGGCUUAAUUUUUUGUUAGUCAUCGGCAUGGCUGGUGGAGGGUUCGUCGCACAGGGGGAGGUUAAGGACUACAAUGGGAAGGUGACCUUGUUCGUGAUCAUCACCUGCAUGAUCGCCGCCACCGGUGGGCUCAUCUUCGGAUAUGACAUCGGCGUAUCUGGAGGUGUAACUUCCAUGAAUGUUUUCCUGGAGAAGUUCUUCCCUUCGGUGUACGAGGAUCAGAAAAAUGCCGGGACAUCCAAGAACCAGUGGUGCUCGUUCGACAGCCAGCUGCUAACCGCGUUCACCUCCUCCCUGUACAUCGCGGGGCUCAUCUCCACCUUCUUCGCAUCGACGGUGACCAGAGUGCUGGGACGGAAGGCCUCCAUGCUGUGCGGCGGGGCGGCCUUCCUCAUCGGCUCUGCUCUGAACGGUGCCGCCGUAAACGUGGCGAUGCUCAUCAUCGGCCGCGUCCUGCUCGGCGUCGGUAUCGGCUUCGCGAACCAGGCCGUCCCCCUCUAUCUCUCCGAGAUGGCCCCGCCGAAGCUCCGAGGAGCUCUCAACAUCGGCUUCCAGCUUGCGACGACCAUCGGCAUCCUGAUCGCGAACCUCGUCAACUACGGCACCAACAAGAUCAAGGGUGGGUACGGGUGGCGCAUCUCCCUCGCGCUCGCUGCGGUUCCCGCCGGCAUCAUGACCAUCGGCGCGCUCUUCCUGCCCGACACCCCCAACUCCCUGAUCGAGCGAGGCAAGCUCGAAACGGCCAGGAGGAUUCUCCAGAAGGCGCGGGGGACCGACGACGUCGGCGAGGAGCUGCAGGACAUGGUCGAGGCGAGCCAGGCGGCCGGGCAGGUCCGGCACCCCUGGAAGAACAUCCUCCAGAAGCACUACCGCCCGCAGCUCGUGAUGGCGUUCUUCAUCCCGGGAUUCCAGCAGCUCACCGGCAUCAACAUCAUCAUGUUCUACGCGCCGGUGCUCUUCAAGACCAUCGGCUUCGGGGACAACGCGUCGCUCAUGUCGGCCGUCAUCACCGGCCUCGUCAACGUCGGGGCGACCCUCGUGUCCAUCGCGACGGUGGACAGGUUCGGCCGCAGGUUCCUCUUCAUCGAGGGCGGCGCGCAGAUGCUUCUCAGCCAGGUAGCGAUCGCCGUCAUCCUCGGGGUCAAAUUCGGCGCGGACGGGACGGGGGCCAUGUCGAAGCCGUACGCCGACUUGGUGCUGGUGCUCAUCUGCACCUACGUGGCGGCGUUCGCGUGGUCCUGGGGGCCGCUCGGGUGGCUGGUGCCCAGCGAGAUCUUCCCGCUGGAGAUCCGGUCGGCGGGGCAGUCCAUCGUCGUCUCCGUCAACUUCUUAUGGACGUUCCUCGUAGCGCAGUUCUUCCUCUUGGCGCUCUGCCACCUCAAGUUCGGCCUCUUCUUGCUCUUCGCCGCCUUCGUGAUCGCCAUGACGCUCUUCAUCGUCCUGCUACUGCCGGAGACAAAGAAUGUGCCCAUCGAGGAGAUGAAUGUGGUCUGGAAGAAGCAUUGGUGCUGGAAGAAUUACGUCCCUGACGAUCACAUGGCGGUGGCGUGAAGGACUGGGUCGAUGCAUGCAUGGGGCUGGGCGAUGAUGGACUUCCAACCUCUUCUUCCAUCUGCUAGCUACGUACUUGUCGUAAAAGCGCUAUCAGGAGUAGAGUUGAAAUCUAGCUAGGGCCUAGGGAGCAGCGGUGUGAGAGGUAUAUAUAUAUGGGCGGGAAGAAUAUUACAAGGCCUAAGGGGAUGCUUGCAAAAGUUUAUAAAUCUUUAUUUUUUCAAUUGUUGAUACGUAAUUUCGUCAAAAGUA